AAGAGAUAAUGUAAUUUCUCACAGGUAGAAGAAUUUGAACCCAAAUCCAAUUCGCUUUCAAUCGAAGAAAAGAAGAAUAAUUCAUUUCAUGGCUUCAAAGUUUCGAGCCUUUUGGAAUCACCCAAUUGGACCCAAAACCGUUCACUUCUGGGCUCCUACAUUUAAGUGGGGCAUCAGCAUUGCCAAUAUUGCUGAUUUUUCAAAACCACCUGACAUGAUCUCUUAUCCUCAACAAAUAGCUGUUAUGGCUACUGGACUAAUCUGGGCGCGUUACAGCACUGUAAUCAUACCAAAAAACUGGAACCUUGUUAGUGUAAACCUUGCAAUGGCAGGAACUGGCAUAUACCAACUCUCGCGCAAAUUGAGGGAAGAUUAUUCUUCAGAUGAGGCUGUAGCAAAAGAAUGAUGAAGAAGAAUUUGAAAAUGUCGGGUUGUUGUGUAACAUAAACUCUUGACCCGGACACCUGAGAGCAUCUCUGAUAAGGAGAAUUUAUUUCGAUUGUUUGAGCUAUUUAUGUGAGACCAAAUUGUCGCAUUAUAUUUAAGCAACAUCUAAGCAAUCUAAACGAAUUUUACUUCAAUGGUAAUUUCAAUAAACAAUCUAUAUG